UCACUUGAACGAAAACAAAAACAACGUCGAAAUGGAGGGAGAAGGAGGAGGUGCUGCGGCCCAGCAGGCAGACACGGAGAUGGCAGAGGCGCCAUCAGACCCUCAGCAGCCACCGGCGGCGGGGAUCGAGAACAUCCCGGCGACGUUGAGCCACGGGAAACGAUUUAUUCAGUACAACAUACUUGGGAACAUAUUUGAAGUGACGGCGAAGUAUAAACCGCCUAUUAUGCCCAUCGAGAAGGGCGCAUAUGGCAUCGUUUGUUCAGUGUUGAAUUCGGAGACAAAUGAGCAUGUAGCAAUAAAGAAGAUAGCAAGUGCAUUUGAUAAUAAGAUUGAUGCAAAGAGGACUCUUCGUGAGAUCAAGUUGCUUCGACACAUGGAUCAUGAAAAUGUCAUUGAGUGAUAAUGGCUGAUUCCUUUUUUUUUUUUGGGUGGCUUCAGUUAUAAGAAGCAAAGAUUUUCCAGAAUUACAAUAAAAGUUCUAUUGAUCCA